AUGGAGCCCCCAAAAGAUUCAGAUUCCGUGGAGAUGGACAAGUCCAAAGUCGAUUUUACUCUGGGCGGCGUGGACAAGUUCAAAUUUUAUCCUGAUAACCCUGAAAAUCACAGACACAAAUAUCGGUUUUCGAUGAAAGAACCUUCCAAGUACUAUGAUCCAUGUGAGGAAACUAGACAAGCUUCUAUAAAUUGUAUGAUACGGAACCCAGAAGACAAAAAGACAGUAUGCCAGGACUUUUUCGAUGCCUAUAAGGAAUGUAAACGAGACUUUUUCAACAAAAAACGACAAGAUAAACGGGAAGGAAAGAAAGGCUGGGGUGCAUGGUGA